AUGCUACUGUACUCACCAGACAAAAACCCAGUCUACCAUCCAAAACACAAUAAAAACCAGGAAAAAAACAGAAAAAGGAAAGAGCAAGAGCGAAAUAAGCCUUUACCGGAACAGCCGUCAAAAUGUUCCGACGGAGCAACCAUGGAUCACACACCUUUUGGGCAGGGUGCGGUUGAUUACCCCACACUCAUGCGCCGAUCGCUGUCACUUCUGUCACAAAUCUCCGCAAAAAGAUGGGCUAGUAGAUCUGCACAGCUAGCUCUAGCUGUCGCUUUUGAUACCCUUGAGCCAUGGACAGCAUGUACAGGGAGCUGGAGAUUCAGGAGUAAAGACGCGUGA